CCCUCUGUGCUCUCCGUCCGAAAACUUGAGCCGAGAGAGUCCUAGGUAUGGCGGCCUUUAGGAUGGGAAAGUUGACAACCAUGCCUGCAGGUCUGAUAUAUGCAUCUAUAAAUCUACAUCUGGCCAAAGAAGAGGAACCCAAAAAGCAGCUAGUGAGACCAGAACAGCUUUCAAUAUAUACUGCACCACCUCUCCGUUCUAAAUAUGUUGAAGAACAGCCAGGUUAUUUACAAAUGGGCUUUGCAUCUAUCCGUACCACAACUCUUCGUUAUGUUGGCUGGUGCAAGUAUGUUUAUGUCUUUAUGAAGAAUGGGAUAAUGGAUACAGUACAGUUUGGAAAAGAUACAUAUAUCUAUCUGAAGAACCCUCCUCAAGAUUUUCUGCCCAAAAUAGGAGUGAUUACAGCUUCAGGACUGGCAGGUUUGCUGUCAGCAAGAAGAGGUUCUAGGUUUCAGAAGAUUACUUAUCCUCUAGGGAUGGCCACAUUAGGAGCAGCUGUUUGCUACCCAGCUUAGUUAGUAAUAAUUGCAAAGAUAACUGGGAGAAACACAUAUGAUACAAGCCAACAAAUUUAUCAAGCCAUUAAGUCAUUGUGGACAAAAAGCAGUGAAAAACAAUCACUCCCUGAACCAAAAGAAGAAACUAAGGCAGGAAGGUCUGGUGAAAUACAUGCCAAAACAGUGUCUUUGCCAAAAGAAUUUGCUUCUGUGACAAAGAUGAAAUCAGAAUCCACCUCAGGUUUGUUUGGAAUUUUUAAUUUUUUCAUUCUUAUUAAAUAA